AUGCCUACCCCUGGCCUCCUCUACGUCACCAUGCAGCCUAAGGGCUCGCUGCCGGACACCCAAUUCCACGACUGGUACAACACUGAACAUGGUCCGCUGCGUUUGCGUCUGCCAUUCAUCACCAAUGGCUUCCGAUUCCGUGCGACCGAUGGCGAGAAGCCCGAAUAUGUGGCCCUGUACGAUAUCACCGACAUGGACGAAUUGACCCGCAAGACCUACCUUGACCUGCGGACCGAUUUGAUCAAGACCGAGCGGGAGAAGAAAACGAUGGCACAGAUCGACGUGGGGCGCCUGCUGUACGACUUGAUCGAUGAGCGCAGCAGCCCCGACUUCCGCCCCUUGGAACACCAAGCCGACACAGAUGCCGAGACCCAGGGUAGCGUCCUCAUCGCCGUUAGAGUUGCCACCCACCCCGACCCCGCCAAGCAGGCCGACUUGGAUAAAUGGUAUCGCGAGGAACACUUUGAGAUGCUUUCCCGUGUGCCUGGAUGGCGCCGUAGUCGCCGUUUCGUCACGGCGGCAAUUGAUUCCGCUGCCCCGCAGGAGUCCCUGACUUUGUACGAGUAUGCCCCUGUCAAUGGCCUCGGAGGCGAGGCCCACAAGGCCGCCAUGAACACUCCCUGGGGAGCCCGUCUCAUGAGCGAAGUCGUGACUUCAAAGAACCGCCGCGUCUAUGAGUGGUACUACACCUUCGGCCCCGCUCCUCGUGAGCUCACCUCCCUCGCCGCACCAGAUGUGGCUGGACCCUGGAGCUCCAACGACGGCCGCACUCGCACUUUCCCUUCUACUUCUCGCCCGGCUGUCGAGUCCUUCGUGACUACUUCCGACGGCGUUGAAAUUCCCUACAGAUUGGAGGGUAGUACCGACCCGUACGCGCCAGUUGUUGUGCUCAGCAACUCCAUUUUGGUUGACUGGCAUAUCUGGGAUCGGUUCGUCGAUGCAUUCUUCGCCCACAAGCAGAACCAGCGCUACCGUGUCGUGCGCUACUUGACUCGUGGUCGACGCUCCGCGAGUGGCGAGCAGCCGGUCAACAUCGAUGUGCUGGCCUCUGACCUUGCAACUCUCCUCCAGGCUCUGCGUGUGCCACCCAAGGCCGCCCGUCUCAUCGGAGUCAGCCUGGGUGGUGUCACUGUUCUGAACACUUCCCUCCUCCACCCCGAGCGCGUUGGAGCUUUCAUCGCAUGUGAUACAAACUCUUCUGCACCGGAAUCCAACCGUAAAGCAUGGGGCGACCGUGUCGCCAUCUGUGAAAAGGAAGGCUCUACUGACUCUCAAACCAACGAGCCCAUUGUUGGAGAGGAGCUGGCUGAGGUCACCACCCGCCGCUGGUUCGUGCCGGAGUCGUACGAGACCCAGCCCGAGGUUCUUGCGCCCGUCAAAGAGGCAGUGCGUACCAACAGCUUGAAGGGUUUCGCCCACAGCGUGCAGGCGCUCUGUGCCUACGAUAUCCGCGAGCGUAUGGCCAACGCCACCGUUCCGGGACUCUUUGUGGCAGGUGCCAAUGACGGUGUCCUACCACAGACUAUGCAGAAGAUGGCUGCUGAUCUGCGUGGCGGCGCCGAGCUCAAGAUCAUUGACCGCGCCGGCCACCUCCCCAUGGUGGAGCAGCCAGUGGCAUUUGCCGAUGUUGUUACCGAGUUCCUGGGCAAGAUUGAUGGUUGA